AGCAAAUCACACUGGACUGUCAAGGCGGGUUAGUUAGUACAAGGUUUGUGUAUGCGCUCGAGGCACGCGAGUACCACCACACGUGCCAGGCCACACCACCAUCGACUACGCCGAUCUCAUGCCCGCCAGCUAGAGGUGUAUAUAAGUCUUUGGUCAUCCCCCCCGCCUCCUCCUCGUGCUCACAAGCCUCUCCGUGCCACCCGCGCCUUGCACGACAUCUCAUCGUUGCGAGAAGACUUCCUUGGGCCUCGACGCAUCUUCAGAGUCCACUUCUCUCUCCCCCCCCCCUCUCUCUCUUUCCCAGAUCUGCCACCAUGGGUUUCAAGGAGUUUGUCAAGCGGCGGUCGCUAAAGGCCCGAGACGACCAGCGGACCAAGGCUGCCGAGCUCACCCUCCGCCAGUCCGUCUAUCCCAUCGCUCUCGUCACCGUCCUCUUCUUCCUCUGGGGUUUCUCAUACGGCCUGCUCGACACCCUCAACAAGCACUUCCAGAACGCUCUCGGCAUCGAGAAGUCGCGUUCCGCUGGUCUCCAGGCCGCCUACUUUGGCGCCUACCCUCUCGCCUCUCUCGGACACGCCAACUGGAUCCUGCGUCACUAUGGCUACCGUGCCACCUUCAUCUGGGGUCUCUUCCUUUACUGUGUUGGUGCCCUCGUCGCCUGGCCCUGCAUUGAGGCUCACUCCUUCGCUGGGUUCUGUGUUGCCAUCUUCAUCAUUGGUAACGGUCUGGGUUCGCUUGAGACCGCUGCCAACCCAUACAUCACCGUCUGUGGUCCUCCCCGCUACUCCGAGAUGCGCAUCAACCUGUCCCAGGCGUUCAACGGCAUCGGCACGAUCCUGGCCCCCCUGAUUGGCUCGUACGCCUUCUUCGGCCUCGAGGACGAGAACGCGGCCAUGGCCAACGUCAAGUGGGUGUACAUUGCCAUUGCGGCCUUCGUCCUGAUGCUCGCCGUGCUCUUCUUCCUCAGCGACAUCCCCGAGAUCACCGACGCCGACAUGGCGUACCAGGCCGCCGAGACGCACGCCGGGUCCGGCGACAAGCCCUUCCGCAAGCAGUACCGCCUGUUCCACGCCGCGUUCGCCCAGUUCUGCUACACGGGCGCGCAGGUCGCCAUCGCCUCCUUCUUCAUCAACUACGUCGACUCGACGCGCCCGGAGUCUGGAGACGUCAUGGCCUCGCAGCUGUUCGCCGGCGCGCAGGGCGCCUUCGCGCUGGGCCGGUUCGUCGGUGUGAUCCUCAUGAAGUUUGUCAAGCCCCGCAUCGUCUUCCUCGUCUUCCUCUCCAGCUGCGUCAUCUUCCUCGCCCCGGCCAUCACCCAGGGCCACAACGUCGGCAUCUCGAUGCUCUACAUUGUCCUCUUCUUCGAGUCCAUCUGCUUCCCCACCAUUGUUGCCCUCGGCAUGCGCGGCCUCGGCCGCCACUCGAAGCGCGGCUCCGGCUUCAUCGUCGGCGGUGUCCUCGGCGGCGCCGUCGUCCCUCCCUUGACCGGUGUCGUCGCCGACCACAAGGGCACGGGUAUGGCCAUGGUCAUCCCCCUCAUCUUCUUCGUCAUGGCCUCGACCUACUCGUUCGCCGUCAACUUUGUCCCCGCCUACCGCAAUAACACCGACGCCUUCACCGAGACCGAGAUUGGCAUUGGCGCGUCGGCCGACGCCGCGGUCGUCGAGAUCGAGAAGGGCGAGGUCGCCGCCGUGGGCACCGACUCGCACCACGAGGCCAAGCACUACCAGUAGAGACUGAAAGAGAUAUAUGAAUAAUUGGUGGGGGCCUUUUUGGUGGGAAGCAUGUUGGUUGUAGGCAUCAUUGUGUAUUGAACAUCGGCAUCAACAACCUUGCUGCAAUGACAACGUUGCAGUUGCAUUCAGUGGCAUGCAGAAGAUUCACCGUCCGGAGGCGUCAUGGCAUGAGCUAUAGACGAAAUAGCAUAUAUCGAAAUUCACGAGAC